AUGUCUUCUCUUCCCCAAACUUACAAGGCCUGCGUCCUCGACAAGGCCAAUGCUCCCUGGGAGCUCCGCGACGUGCCCCUCAAGCACCCCUCCAAUGGUCAAAUUCUCGUCAAAGUCCUCGCCUGCGGUGUCUGCUUCUCUGACGUAGCCACUGGAGGCGGCCACAUGGGCGACGUUUUCCCUCGAGUUCCUGGCCAUGAAAUCAUCGGCGAGGUAGUUGAGAUUGGUGAGGGUGUAUCCCGCUUCCAGAACGGCGACCGCGUUGGUGGACCCUGGCACGGUGGUCAUGACCGAACUUGUCGACAGUGCCAGAGGGCUCAGUUCCAAAUGUGCGAUAACAAGGCCAUCAACGGUGUUAGCCAAGAUGGUGGAUUUGCUGAGUAUGUUCUUCUUCGCUCAGAAGCUGCUGUCCGUGUCCCCAAAGAGCUCGAUCCUGCCGAGGCUGCUCCUCUUCUCUGCGCUGGUGUCACUGUUUUUAAUGGCAUUCGCAAGAUGCAUGUUGAGCAGGGCAACCUCGUCGCAGUUCAAGGUCUGGGCGGUCUAGGCCAUCUCGCUGUUCAAUAUGCCUUCAAGAUGGGCUACGAAGUCGCCGUCCUCUCAUCAGGCGACGACAAGGCCGACUUUGCCAAGAAGCUCGGCGCUCACCACUACAUCAACACCAAGAAGAGCGACCCAGCUGAAGAGCUCAACAAGCUCGGUGGUGCCGCCAUUAUUGUCCAGACCGCACCCAACCCCAAGGCUGUUUCACCACUCGUCAAUGGUCUCGCUCCCGAGGGCAAAUUACUCAGCCUUGCCCCUACAGGCCCUACAGAGAUCGAUAUCGUGCCUUUGGUUAUGAAGGGCGCUAGCGUCGUUGGCUGGCCCAGUGGCCACGCCCUUGAUGCCGAGGAGGCUCUCCGAUUCUCCAUGACUCAUGAUGUUAAAUGCAUGGUUGAGAAGUAUCCUUUUGCUAAGGUGCAAGAGGCGGUUGACAGCCUUGUUGCGGGCAAGCCUCGAUUCCGAAAUGUGUUGGUCAUGUAG